UUCAACCAGAGGGCUCUCAUUUGCAAUAGACAUCAUGGAAAGUGACAGAGAUAUGCCCGAGAGGCCGUGGGAUACCUGUAGAGAGGUCCCGGUCAUUGAAGAUGAACAGACGCCAUGGAAAAUGAUCAAACUACUAAAGAUCAUCACUCUCGCUGCCGUUGCUGUGCUUGUGUUUGGAUUGGCGCUAUGUAGCAAGGCUUCUUUCCUCCUCCUCAUCACCUUGUCCAAUGAAGGCACAAAGACCCUACCAGAUAACCAGAAACCUGUCGCUCUGCUAUGCAUCGGCUGCGCUCUCAUCGCCUCCAGUGUCUUUCUAUUUCUCAAAAGCAUCUGGAAGGCAUGCUACAAAACAUCAAAGCUGCCAAGAAAAACAACUAUAGCCCUGGUUCUGUUCUUUGAGUUCAUGGUGGCUCUGGGUGCAGCAAUUCUCACAAUCGUGGCAAUGCCACACUUGGACAUCGUGACCAACGUGACGAUCCUGAACGGUGUCGCCGUCCUCUCUGCGCUCCUACAGGUGGUCACUCAGUGCACUGCCAAAGAAAGGAACCGUUUCCUGGUGCCAUCCAUCACCGCCUUCAUCCUCAUUUUGCUCGGUUACGUCCUGUUCCUCUUCUUAUACAUCACGAAAGAUCCCACUAAUUCCAAGAUGGCCAUUUGGGUGGGUCUAGCUGUUGGUGGGUCCUUCUUGGUGUCUUUCAACUGGUGGGAGAACUACUUGAGACUGAUCAGCGAGAACAGUAGCUCCGUCUUCCUCAAAGAGCUGUGCAGAGAUGUGACAAAGUGCCAGAAUUUGCUGCACAUCCUCUCCAGCCUGCUCAGGAUCGCGGUGACCGCCUGCGUGCUCGGAGCCUACGUCCCUCUGGCCAAAAUGGACUGGGACGUAGUGACCUCCAUCCAGAGGCGGGAGACAAGGAUUAUAGCCAUCACCAUUGGGGUCCAGCUGAUCUCCUCUGCACUCUGCCACUGGUUUGCUCUUGCGGCCUGCAAGAUGCACGCCCUAAGACGAUGCUUCAUCCUGCCUUUGUACCUGGCCUCUCUGGCUGUCAUGGUUCUGCUCAUUGUCCCCGUUAUCGUUUACUAUCAGGACUACAGAACAGGUCUGAACAGGACUGCAACCAUCAACUUCACAGGCUACUGCAAUGUAGUUGUAGAUGGAAGAAACCACAGCUUGACCGGCAGUGUGUUCCCACAUCUGGUUUUGGAUGUUACACACACUCUGUGCUUCCUGGACAUGUCCAAGAUAUCUGACAUUGGCAUACUGACAGGUUCAGCAGUGUCCUGGUGGCUUGGUCUUUUGUUGGCCACCCUCCACCUGUUGUACCUCAACGUGUAUCGUAUCCAGAGGACCCAAGACCUGUUCAUGAGGAGGCUGUAUGAAGGAGCCUUUAUUGAGCAGUCACUGCUCCUCAACACCCGAUACGACAUCCAGAGCAAAACUAGGGUGAAGAAUUUUAGGGAACCUGAAUCAUCGAUGGUGUAUCUGUGUGCAACCAUGUGGCAUGAGACCUAUGAUGAGAUGAUGAACAUCAUUAUCUCGAUAUUCAGACUGGACAAGUACAGACCAAAGAAAGAGCCAAAGUUCAACGAUUUCACCUUUGAAGCCCAUAUCUACUUUGAUGACGCAUUCAUACAUGUUGAGGGGAGUCGGGGGCGUCACCUCAACAGCUACGCAAUGGACCUUGUGGAAAUCCUCAAAGAAGUUUAUGGCAUCUUCACAAACAUCGAUAAGAAGUUCUUCAGAAAGCAGCAGCAGAUCCCAGAUCAGAAGAUCAUAAGGACACCAUACGGAGGUCGUGUGGUGGUCACCAUGCCUCACGGGAACAAUAUCGUGGUUCACUUCAAGGACAAAGAACUCAUUCGUCACAAGAAGAGAUGGUCUCAGAUCAUGUACCUUAACUAUCUUCUGGGCUGGAAACUCAUGAGCAAAUAUUACACACGCUGGCAGAAGGGAGAGGACGAGAAGGCGCUGAGAGCAGCGGUCCAGAAAGAGAAGCACAACACCUACCUCCUGGCUUUAGAUGGGGACACAGACUUCCAGCCGGCUGCUGUGAUGUUGCUCAUCGACCGUCUGAAAAUGUACCCACGUGUCGGGGCAGCAUGUGGCAGGAUUCACCCCACUGGAUCAGGUCCUGCAGUGUGGUUUCAGAAGUUUGAGUACGCCGUCAGUCACUGGCUGCAGAAGACAGCGGAGCACGUGAUCGGCUGUGUGCUGUGCAGCCCCGGCUGCUUCAGCCUGUUCAGAGCAGAGGCGCUGAUGGACGACAAUGUGAUGAAGAAGUACUCCACCAAGUCCAUGGAGGCAAGGCACUACAUCCAGUACGACCAAGGUGAGGACCGCUGGCUGUGUACUCUGCUGCUUAAGCAGGGAUGGAGAGUGGAGUACAACGCAGCAUCUGAUGCUUACACCAAUGCACCUGAGGACUUCAAAGAACUCUACAACCAGCGUCGCCGAUGGGGACCAUCCACAAUGGCCAACGUGGUGGAUCUGCUGGGCGCCACCACCACAAUUUCCAAGAGGAACUCGUCCAUGUCCAAACCCUUCAUGUUCUACCAGCUCUUUGCCAUCACCUCAGCCAUCCUGGGCCCUGCCACCAUCUGCCUUUUGAUUGCAGGUAGUUUGUCUUUCAUCUUGGACAUUGAUGCCAACAAUGCCCUGGUCCUAGCUGUGAUACCGCCUCUCAUUUACCUGAUUCUUUGCUUCAAACUGAAGUCAGACACUCAGAUCACUAUUGCAGCAGUCUUGAGUAUCAUAUAUGCAUUCCUCAUGUUGGUGGUGACGAUGUCCAUUAUCGCCUCAAUGGUGAAGGAAAAAACCAUCCUGACACCUAGCAGCAUAUUCGUCAUCUCCAUGGCCAUCAUUUACAUCACCACUGCGAUAAUGCAUCCUCAGGAAAUCCAGCUGGUGUUCCACGGCUUUCUCUACAUUCUCUGCAUCCCCAGCGCCUACCUCCUGCUCACCAUCUACUCCAUGGUCAACAUGAACAACGUGUCCUGGGGCACCAGGGAGACAAAACCUGCCGCUGGAGCUGAAAAGCCUUCAGACACAACCCCGCAAACAAUAGCCCAGAAAGCCAAAAGCAUCCUCCAACGACUUUUCUGUUGGGCCAAAUGUUGUAAAAAAUCCAGCCGGAGAACAGGAGUUGGGCAGCUCAGUGUCAACCAAGAUAACCUGAUCCCAGAGUCCGCACAGUCUGAACCCCAGCCCCAAAACACUAUUGUGGAGGACAUAAGGAUCCCAGAGGAAGAACAAAGGCAAGUGGAGCCUGUUUUCAACUGUCCUGCCCAAAGUUGGGUCACACAACUACAGAAUGUGUCCAGUGACAUGCAACUGCAGGAGGACUCACUUGACCAGGAGGAGGAGAACUUCUGGAAAGAGCUACAGGUGAAGUACCUGAAACCUCUGGUUGAUGACAAAGAGAGACAGAAAAAGAUUGUCAAUGACCUGCGCGAGCUGAGAAACAAGAUAAACUUUGCUUUCUUCAUCUUGAAUGCCCUGUGGCUGGUGGCGACAUUUACCCUCCAGCGUUUCCAGGCAUUCUUAACCAUCAGGAUCCCAAAGGUCGACCUCAACCUUAAGGUCACUGGAGAAUUUGUAGCAGUCGAUCCCAUUUCCUUCAUGUUCAUUCUGGGAUUUGCCUCGUCGGUUAUAAUCCAGUUCUUGACUAUGUUUUACCACAGAAUCUACACUCUGAUUCAUUAUGUGGCCUUUCUGGACACACAGCCCAAAGAGCAAAAACCUGAAAAAGAAGAAUCAUACCUGCCAGGCAAAAAGGUCAACUCUGUGUCUAACGCUGACUCCAACCCCCAGGAGGAGUUGGAAUCUGAAGACAGUGAUGAUGAGUUGUACAACAGAACUCGUGAUGGAGGGACUAUGGUGUAAACACAGACUCUGUUCACAACCAACACUUUGUAGCACUUUGAAAUAUGUAUGUGAGAUUUUACUGAAAAUGUCUUUAUAUGUAUUAUUUAUGUUUUGUCAGUCAAAUCCAAUUUAUUUAUAAACCAAGUGUCACAAAGAGCUUUGCAGAAAACGAAUCACAUAUAUUCUAGAUGAAAUUAUUUAUAACAAAAAAACUCAUGGACAGAACAAGAACAAUACAGCCUCU